AUGCCGGCUCAUGAUACGAAAAUAAUUGCCAAUGGAGGUCUUGGAGGUCUGGUACGUGCAGAACUCGCUGCUGGAGAUCAAGCACAGGACAAGAUGGACGCCAAGAUUGUAUCCAAAUUUCGUCGUCGACCUCCCCCCCUUCGGAUCUCGAGUGGUUGUGAAGCAGCAAGUUUAUCACCCGGUUUGGCUCCAGCAGCAUCAAGCUCGGGCCUUGGAGGCCUCUUGACUCCCAAGACACCCACUGACCGCCGUAAAUAUUCACUACUCGGAGUUGAUAUCGAGGGCGGUGCUUCACCUCUAACACCGCGCUACAACCCUGCUGCACCUUGGACACCGGGCGCUCCCCUGCCAGAAACGCCAGCGAGCCCGACCUCACCCUAUUCACAGAUAACGGCAGAGUUGCCAGGUUCCCUUCUCUUAGCAAGCCAAGGUUUCCCGCAAACAAACCCCAUAUCACCUCCGCCAUCUCUUCGAUUGCUUCGUAGAGACACCGAAGAAUCCAUCAUCAGUUCGGUGCCAACACUCUCAACCUCCGCGUCUACCGAUGACGGGACAAUGGAAGCUCUGCGAAACUUGACCACGCCUAUGAGAAAGCACGACCGAUCUGCACAUAGCACAAUGCCUUCUUACACCAUCGGCAGCCGCGUCCCUGCAGAUCUACAAAUUACACAGCCAUUCACUGCAAUGACCAUCGAAGCCAUGCUAGAUAAACUGCCCGAAUGCGACCAUGUGACCAUAUCCCGGCAUUGGCUUCCCGCCAUGCGCAGUCAGUUACAGCAGAUGACUUCUCUGCUUAACGAAGCAUGCAAUUUGAAGCUCGAGUCAAGUGUCCAUCAGGCACUCAAAUCCUUCUCCGACCAACUGCAUUUGAUCACUGCCGAGUAUCACAAAAUCGUCGAGUCUGCCGAAUCGCUUGCUGAACGUGAUACCAGGGUCUCUCACGAACAACUAAAGGAGCUCGAGGGACAGGUAGGACAAGCUUUGGGGAGGAUGGCGGUGAAAGACAAGGAGAUUCAAGAUAAAGAACGAAGAAUCUCAGAGCUUCGAAAUACAGUCCACGAAGUCACCCGGAUUUUGGGCACCUUCAUCGAGAACAACAUCGCCAGCUGGGUCGAUACCAUCCACGAGCCUAGGACUCUACAAGUUCUUCGAAUAUUAUCGGACUACACACGGGACGAGCCUCACGAGUCUGUCGAUUACGUCCGUGUUGCCGAGGACACGCUGAAUCAAUAUAUUCGAGAUUCACGCGAAGCGCGCAACCUCGUUGGAGAGUAUCGCAAGGUAUUGCACGGUCAGGGAGCCAUGAUCAGGGAUCAAUCCAGAAACCUCGACGCAUGUGUGCAGAAGUGCAACAAGGCAGUCAGACUCGUACAGGAAAAGGAUCACGAAAUAUUGCUCCUUGUACAACAAAACGAUGAUCUGAGCAAACAGCUACAGGAAUGUCGAGCUGCUGUAGCAGAGGGCCAGCAGGCCCGUACGGACUCGGAGAAGAUGGUGCGGAGAUAUGAAGAGCUGCGAGGGGCCAUGGUCAGCUUGCGAACGAGCCACACGCUGGAAAUCGAUCAACGCGACGCCGAGAUAUCGAACCUUCGUCAAAAGCUGGGUAGUGCCCGCGAGGAGGUUUUCGCGCGACGAGAGGACGUCAAGAACGUCAUCUCCCAAGCUAACGCCAUGCUACAAGUGUCCACCGAGUCGGUCCCAGUGGCUGCUAAGAACAGCAACACCUCCAAAGCCUUGAGAUUCUUCGGAAUGGAAAGAGACAAAGAAAAAUACAGGAAGGGCACCAUCCCCACAAGCUACAGCAUGGUCGGACUUCCCUCGUCGGAUUCGAGGUUCUCAUCCAAGGAGGUAGCCUCCAUUGACCGGGCCGCACUUCGGCACAGACCUUCACUACAGACACAUACCAACCCACGACUGCUGACAACUCCGAACACGCCCAUUGACGACUCUCAAGGCUCGAACGAGUCUAUCAUGACAGCACCAGUGACCAGGCAGCGCUCCGACUCACUCGGUGCAACACAACGCCACGGCGUUCUGACUGCAUCUCCCGUCAACACGGACAAGUCGCUUCCUCACCCGCCAGCGCAUCCGAGGCCACAUCUCCCGGUGGCUCGAGUUGCCGAAAUCACUCCGUCGCUCGAGAGCCCUCUCGCCGCACAGAUCACGGCAGAUUACUUCAAGAACGGAAUCAUGGGACAAACUGCUGCACGGCGUGUGCUAAGCAAAAUCACCGAGGUCUCCGAUGUGCUAUCAUCUCCAGAAAGUGGCCUUCAGAAAGAGCGAAUUCUCGAUGAAAAUAAAUCAGACCACAGCGUCGCCAGCAGCGACCGUGAAGUCUACCGCAAGAGCAUAUGUGCGUUGGAUAUGUUAAACUCAACGGGAGGACUACCCUACAGCGAGACGGAAACAGACAUUGAACGAAUCAUCCGUGGUGUACGUCCGAGGAGUCCACCAGAGCCCAGCCACUUCCACCACCACCAAGCAUACGAAGCCAAUGACAACGAAGGAGGACAACAGCAGCAAGACGAUUAUGACGAAGAACAAAUGUACACAGGUGUGGCCCGCGUGCUCCACCUUCGACCUGGGACACGGGACCUCAGAGGGGCAAGCGCAAGGUCAAGUGAAAUCGAACAAAGUGGUUAUGAAAGUGAUCCCGCACACGGAGGGCGAUGCGCGAGAUUCAGGGAGAGUAUGGUGAGUAACGAAUCGGGGUAUCGCACGGAGGACUCGGAACCACAGACCGUGGCCCAGUUGUAUCAUCAGGGAAGGCGACAUAUUCGUAGUUGA